CAAGCAGACUGUUAAGGGGGAAGGGUUUUGCGUUAGAAAACCUUCUCGCCGAGGCGAUUGUUCCCAGGAUAAGAGAACCCGCGGACCGGGAGACGGGUGGGGGAAGUGUUGUCCUCGGAGUUUUCUGCGACUUGGCCGCCGACGGGAGUCCACGGUUGACCGCUUGGGAUUACUUGGCGGCCCGCGCUGAUGGAUACAAAAGCGGAGUGAAGCCAGGCGGCAGGCCUGCCAAACACCACCAGUUUAGCUUACUUAGCUUAGCUCGCCGCGUUCCACAGCUGUCUUUGCGUGUUGGGGUCGCUGCGCUUAGCCGGGUCACUGUUUUCGUUAGCUUACCAGCGAAGCAACCACGUUGCUAGCCUUUUAUUUUUAUUUUUUAAUGUGGCUCUGUUUACGAAAUUCCCUUUAGUGCGCCCCUCGGAACUUCCUUAAAGUUAACUUAGGGUUGCUUGUUUUGGACGUUGGGAAGCUGACACGCUACUACGGCAUUGUGCGAACAAAGUAAAAGAAAAAAAAUUUAAAGUUGAUCUUUGGACUCAUGCGGAGGAGGGGUCCUCUCUCCAGUCAGUCUCUUUACUGUGGGUUGGAUAUUCCGGGUCAGACAAUCAGUUAGCCGCCGGCCGAACCGGGUAUCCACUCUUGCUCUUUACGAGAGCACAGUUUUUACCCCUUCCUCGGCCCUCAGCCUCUCGUCGUGUUGACCAGUGUCUUGUCCUGUCUGCGGCUGGCCACGAUAGCUGGCCACACGGCACUGGGUGCCCAAUGGAGGAACAUGACAACAUGGAGUACUUUUACCAGCAGGUACUGCAGAAGGACGUUACCCGCAGGCUGCAGGUCGGCCAGGACCUCAUUGACUACCUAAACGAUCCGCAGCGAUCCCUGGACGUUGAGCAGGAUAAACCCCGGCUCGAUAAGACGAUCGACGAGCUAGCAGGAUGGGUGAACUCCAGCAAUUUCAAGGUGGCGUUAUUGGGGAUAGACAUCUGUGCGACGUUUGUGGACCGCUUGGGGGAGAGGUUCAAAGGUUACCUGGGCACAGUUAUACCGGCGCUGGUGGAUAGGCUGGGCGAUGGAAAGGACCAGGUCAGAGACAACAGCCAAGCUCUCAUCCUCCGCUGUAUGGAGCACUCUGCCUCGCCCAUGUACGUUUGGGAGAGGCUGAUCCCUGGUUUCAAACACAAGAACUUCCGCAGUCGAGAAGGUGUCUGCCUCUGCCUCAGUGCCACCCUCAGCACGUUUGGUGCCCAGCCAUUGAGCCUCAGUAAAAUAGUUCCUCAUCUCUGCACUCUUACUGGGGACCAGAACCCACAGGUGCGUGAGGCCUCGAUAGCAGCGCUGGUGGAUGCAUAUCGCCACGUGGGGGAGAGAGUGAGAGCAGAUCUGGGGAAGAGAGGAUUGCCUGCUGCCCGGUUACAGACGAUAUUUGGUCGUUUUGAUGAAGCGUUGAAUUCGGGCAACAUGGCACUCAGCCCCAGUCACGAUCGUAGCUUUGAAGACGAUGACAGCGUGGACGGGAAUCGUUCCUCUUCAACCCAGGCGGCCUUCAAAGUCCCCAAAGUCCCCAAAAAGCCCGGAGAGUCUUCAGCCGCGCGCAGGCCCAGCGCCACCGGUGGCAAGCUAGUAUCGAAGGAAGGUGCAGGAGGCAUAGAUGAGGAGGACUUCAUUAAAGCCUUCACUGAUGUCCCUACUGUACAGAUCUACUCAGCCAGAGAUCUAGAGGACAACCUCAAUAAGAUCCGUGAGAUCUGCUCGGAUGACAAACACGACUGGGACCAGAGAGCUAUCGCUAUUAAGAAGAUUCGCUCACUGCUGGUCGCGGGUGCGGCCGACUACGACUGUUUCUACCAGCACCUACGGCUUCUAGAUGGAGCCUUCAAGCUUUCGGCUAAAGACCUGCGUUCACAGGUGGUGCGAGAAGCUUGCAUCACUGUGGCCCACCUGUCGUCAGUGUUGGGGAACAAGUUUGACCAUGGGGCAGAGGCCAUUGUCCCCGUCCUUUUCAACCUUAUCCCCAACUGCGCCAAAGUCAUGGCCACCUCUGGAGUGUCAGCAAUCCGCUUCAUCAUACGGCACACCCAUGUCCCCAGGCUUAUUCCCCUCAUCACCAGUAACUGUACAUCAAAGUCUGUGGCAGUCAGAAGACGCUGUUAUGAUUUUCUGGACCUGCUCUUACAGGAGUGGCAGACCCACUCUCUGGAGAGGCACAUAGCAGUUCUUGUGGAGAGCAUCAAAAAGGGAAUCCGAGAUGCAGACUCAGAGGCCAGGGUGGAGGCUCGCAAGGCCUACUGGGGUCUGAGGAACCAUUUUCCAGCAGAAGCUGAUGCCCUGUACAACUCCCUGGAGCCUUCAUACCAGAGGACCCUGCAGUCGUGUCUGAAGAGCUCAGGCAGUGUGGCUUCCCUGCCUCAGAGCGACCGUUCCUCCUCUUCCUCCCAGGAGAGUCUCAAUCGGCCUCUGUCCUCUAAAUGGUCAGCCGCCCCAGGGAGAGUCCCCGUGGGUUCAAAGAGCGGCGUGUCGCCAGCCUCUCUGCAGCGUUCCCGCAGCGACGUGGAUGUAAACGCAGCAGCGGUAGCUAAGCGCCGGCACAUCGGACAGGCCGGGGGGGCAGGGAGACUGCCCCCUGGCUCCUACUCGUCACUGGGGCGCCUGCGAACCAAACAGCCUCUGUCCACACCCAGUGGAGCGACUAGCCAGGUGGACUCCCGGGGACGCAGUCGCACCAAGAUGGUGUCCCAGUCACAACCGGGCAGUCGGAGCGGCUCUCCGGGUCGUGUGCUGACCAGUACAGCCCUGAGCACCAUGGGCUCUGGGGCACAGAGAGUGCUGGCCGGGGCAGGAGGGGCAAGCCAUAGACGUAGUCGCAUCCCCCGUAGCCAGGGCUGCUCCAGAGACUCUUCCCCCACCCGCCUGUCUGUUGCUCCCUCCAGCAUUAGUUCCAUCUACAACGGUGCAAGCCGAGGAGCCCGGGGCAGUCGUAUCCCUCGGCCCAGUAUGAGUCAGGGCUGCAGCAGAGAAGCCAGCAGGGAGAGCAGCCGGGACACCAGCCCCGUACGCUCCUUCACACCCCUUGCAACACGGAGCUACUCUCGCUCCACCGGAGCUCUCCACACACCUGACGCUUUUGGGGCUGCAGGAUCAGGGUUUGGCAUCAGCCAGUCCAGUCGCCUGUCUUCGUCAGUCAGUGCCAUGAGGGUCCUCAACACAGGUUCAGAUGUGGAGGAGGCUCUUGCAGACGCACUGCUGUUGGGAGACAUGCGGUCUAAGAAGAAGCCAGCACGGCGGCGGUACGAAAAUUACGGCAUGUACUCCGAUGACGAUGCCAACAGCGACGCGUCCAGCGCCUGCUCGGAGCGAUCUUACAGCUCGCGGAAUGGAGGAGCCAUCCCCACCUACAUGAGACAGACGGAGGACGUUGCUGAGGUCUUGAACCGCUGUGCCAGUGCCAACUGGUCUGAGAGGAAGGAGGGGCUUCUGGGUCUGCAGGCACUGCUCAAGAACCAGCGCACCCUUAGUCGAGUGGAGCUGAAGAGACUAUGUGAAAUCUUCACAAGGAUGUUUGCGGACCCUCACAGUAAGCGAGACUCCGGCAGGGUGUAUGGAAUGGCAGAAUCCGGUAUAAGCUCAGCCUCCUUCAAGAGAGUGUUCAGCAUGUUCCUGGAGACACUGGUGGACUUUAUCCUGGUCCAUAAGGAUGACCUGCAGGACUGGCUGUUUGUGCUGCUUACCCAGCUGCUGAAGAAGAUGGGAGCUGAUCUACUGGGUUCUGUACAGGCCAAAGUCCAGAGAGCUCUGGACAUCACACGAGAGUCUUUCCCCAAUGACCUCCAGUUCACCAUCCUCAUGCGGUUCACUGUGGACCAGACACAGACCCCUAACCUCAAGGUGAAGGUGGCCAUUCUGAAGUAUAUUGAGACACUGACGUUACAGAUGGAGGCGCCAGACUUUGUCAACUCCAGCGAGACACGGUUGGCCGUUUCCCGCAUCAUCACGUGGACCACUGAACCGAAGAGCUCUGAUGUCCGGAAGGCAGCCCAGUCGGUGCUGAUUUCCCUGUUCCAGCUCAACACUCCAGAGUUCACCAUGCUGCUGGCAGCCCUGCCCAAAACCUUCCAGGAUGGAGCCACCAAGCUGCUCCAAAACCACCUGAGGAAUACUGGCAAUAGUGCACAGGCACCGAUGGGAAGCCCGCUAACACGUCACACCCCUCGAUCCCCAGCCAGCUGGUCCAGUCCGCUCACCUCCCCCACCAACACCUCUCAGAACACCCCUUCACCAAGUGCGUUUGAUUACGACACCGAGAACAUGAACUCGGAAGACAUCUACAGCUCUCUGAAAGGUGUUACAGAGGCCAUCCAGAACUUUAGCGUCCGCAGCCAGGAGGACAUGAACGAACCAAUCAGACGAAGGGAAGGAGAGGAGGGAGGCAGUGGGACAGACAGCAAAGCAGCAGACACAGUGGACGGCGGUCGUAUGGCGCUGGACAACAAAACGUCCCUCCUUAACACCACUCUGCUCUCCUCCAGCCCCAGAGGGGCCCGCGACCCUUUCUCUGACUCCCCUUUCAAACACAUCCUCAAAGACACUAGCCUAGACGACUCUGAGCAGCUGACUGACGACAGCAGCCUGGACCAGUCAGAGUUGGUGGCUGAGCUACUAAAGGAGUUAUCCAAUCACAAUGAACGUGUGGAGGAGAGGAAGGCGGCGCUGUGUGAGUUGCUAAAGCUGAUUCGUGAGAACACCCUGCAGGUGUGGGACGAACACUUCAAGACGAUCCUGCUCCUGCUGCUGGAGACGUUGGGUGACAGAGAGCAUGUGAUCCGGGCUCUGGCUUUGAGAGUGCUGAGGGAGAUUCUCAGCAAGCAGCCCUGGAGGUUUAAGAACUACGCCGAGCUCACAAUAAUGAAGGCCUUGGAGGCACACAAAGACCCUCACAAGGAGGUAGUACGAGCGGCGGAGGAGACAGCGGCUAUGUUGGCAUUGUCCAUCAGCCCAGACCAGUGUGUCAAGGUGCUAUGUCCCAUCAUCCAGUCAGCUGACUACCCCAUCAAUUUAGCGGCCAUCAAGAUGCAGACAAAGGUCAUUGAGAGGGUCCCCCGCGACUGCCUAGUGAGCAUGCUUCCUGAGAUAGUGCCAGGGUUAAUACAGGGUUAUGACAACUCUGAGAGCAGUGUGAGGAAAGCCUGCGUGUUUUGCCUGGUGGCCAUCUAUUCAGUCAUAGGCGAAGACCUCAAACCACACCUCAGCCAACUUUCCAGCAGCAAGCUGAAGUUGUUGAAUCUGUACAUCAAGCGUGCCCAGUCUGGCUCCAGCGGUAGCGAACCCCCGUCUGAAGGCCUAUAGGAGAGACAGCAUUCCCAACUAGCUGACCACAGAACUGCAACUCUGCCCACAGAACAAAAUGCACAUAUACAUGUGAAUUCUCACCCAAACAGGCACAUGAGCAAAAUACACAUCCUAACGCAUUUACACAAAAGCAAACCUACACAGGCGCAGACACACUAGCAUUCAUUUGUGCAGAUAUGGAGGCGCAAAUAUACUCAAUGACACACACACACACACUUUGCUGGAAUCCCCCUCUGUCUUCAUAUGUAUCCUGCCCCAGUGCUAAAUGAGAGUUGUGGUGCAGAGGAGUGUUGUAGCUCACCGGAGCAAUGUCGAGGAUUUUCCCUGGUCUCUGGCUUUUGGACUAAACUCCUCCUGACCCUUGGAUCCCCCUGCUCCACAGACAUCUAUACACACACACAUAAACACAUACGCACACAUGCUGGCACAACACCCAUAUUCCACCCUGGUUUGUCAUUAAAACAUCCUAAAAUGAAGUUAUUUAACUAACAUCUCCGCCUUCUUUAUUUCCGUUGGCCCUCCUGAAAACAACAGUAUGCCCUUUGACCUCCAUUUCUUUAGCAACAGAGAAGAAAGGGUGGUGGGGUUGGCUUUGUCCUUGGAGGAGGUUUAGGGUCACAAAAUCCACGAGACAUACAGGACAGGCCAGUGUGUUUAUUCUUUAACAGUGGGUUCCAGGGACCAGGUUGCGAGGGGUGUAUAUUAACGUUGGCUCACAGUGAAGGUAUGUUAAGGGCAAUGCGGUUUAACUGCAGAGGCUUCUUUUUUAUUUUUUGGGACCCCCCCCCCCUUUCUCCCCAGUUGUAUCCGGCCAAUUACCCCACUCUUCCGAGCCGCCCUGAUCUCUGUUCCACCCCCUCUGCCGAUCCGGGGAGGGCUGCAGACUACCACAUGCCGCCUCCAAUACAUGUGGAGUCACCAGCCACUUUUCACCUGACAGUGAGGAGUUUCACCAGGGGGACAUAGCGCAUGGGAGGAUCAUCCUAGUUCCCCCUCCCCUCCGAACUGGCACCCUGAUCAACCAGAGCAGGCGCUAGUGCAGCGACCAGGACCCAUACCCACAUCCGGCUUCCCACCCGUAGACACAGACAGUUGUUUCUGUAGGGACGCCCGACCAAGCCGGAAGGUAACACGGGGACUUGAACCGCCGAUCCCUGUGUUGGUAGGCAACGGAAUAGACCGCCACACCACCUGGACACCCAACUGCAGAGGCUUCUAAAGUCUGCAGUAUUCACAAACACAUACUCUCUCUCUCUCCACCUCCCGCUCUUGCUCUCAAAAGGUGCUGAUUAGCCCAAGAUACGACCCAACCCAGUACAGGACUAAUGCUCAUAAGCACGCGACACAGCAGGUCAUGCCUGCUCACAGUACUUACAUUGGCAGAGUCCGAAGUAUAGGAGGUGUUAUGUGCUUGGCUAUGCAUGAGACAAAUUUUAAAGAACUUUUUAUCUGGGUCUGGCCUGCAGUCACAUUAAGGAAAAUUUUUAAAUUUAACAUGAACAGUGUCCACCCCUUUCAGAAAAGCCUGUGGUGCCCUCCGUAGCUCCUAACUUGUCUUGGGUCGGUGUACCCUAUGACAGGCUGUGGAGGAAUUUGGAUGGGUGGUCCUUACUCCAUGAAGAAUGACUGGACAUGGCUUAUUAUUGUCACAUAGUGGAUAUGUAUCUAUAUAUAUUAAAAGGAAAUAUCCAGUAACGGUGUCAUUUAGGAGAGUCCCUGGAGGAGAGGGGGGCACGCGCGCACCUGUGCCCAUCAUUGACUUGAUUUUUCUCUGUUGCGCGUGCCGUAGUCUCUCACAAAUUGGUUUCUCUUUGCUGAGAAAUUUGUAGAAAUGUAUUAUUUACAGAUCUGAGAAAAUGUCAUAUGCUUUUUCUCUUCACAUUGUGUCAUUCUUUCCCUCAUGUGAGUAACAUUCUAGUUUUCACUGUUGUGUUUACUCUGUGCAUUUACAAAGCUGUGCUUACAAUUAAAUUACAUGAAUAAAGAACCUGUACAGAC